AUGGUCGCAAGUCUAGCAUUAAAUCUUUGGAAUAUAGUUAUUCGGAAUAAAGUUGAUCAUAAUAACAAAAAAUUAUGGAUGAAAUAUUGCGUGGGAUCCGGAAUUAUAGCUGGAUUAUUAACUGCGUUAGCAUUCUUGUUCGAAGUGAAAAAAUCAGGGUUGAAAUCCGAGAAUUCAGCGCUUGCUGAUGCUUUUGCUGGUGCUGCAGCCAGUCCCAUAGUUCCUCGACUAAUAGGUUAUGUAAGAAAUGGAAAUAGAUUUGUUCUGCCCACACGACCAACUGCUACGGAAUUUCAAGGUCCAAUUCUACUUCUAAUAUUUGGCACAUUCAGACUUUCAUUAUCAUAUUGGAUAUAUUUAUGGCUAAAUAAAUCAAAAAAUGGUCCUUUAGAAACCACAUUCACAAAUCAGACAUCCACUUCCACGCAACAAAUAUGGCAGCCAGACAACAUCAUUAUGAUGAAUAUGAAUAUACAUCAAAGGUUACCACAUACGAAUCUGGAUCCAACCACAUCGCAAUUAAAACCUCAUUUUGAACUGACUAAAGUUGGGUUGCCUGGACAUCGAUUACAUUUUGCAGAUUUGCAGGAAUUAAAUGCUUACAUGGAAGAAAGAAUUACAAAUAGUGAACAUAGUGAACAAGAACCAGACGAAAUUAGAUAUGAUGAGGGCAGUAAUUAUUGA